AUGCCAAACACAAACGAGUCCUUAUUCAUUGUCAUUUUCUCUUUAAUAGCAAUCAUUGUCGUCUUGUUGACUUAUGUUUGUUGGCUAAAAAGAAUGAAGAUGCGAGCAAAAAAAGAUAUCUUGUCCGAGCAACAUCGACUGGAACACAACCAACAGCAACGUGAAUUAAACCAAGCACUGUCAGCAAGUCAACUCCAACAAAUGAAGCCUGCCUUGUUACAGCAACUAUUUGCUCAAGACAUACAAAGACAGAGAGCUGAGCAAAUGCAAAGACCAACUGAAAAUCCUUUUGAAGAUACCCCUCAAUAUACCCAAGAUGCACAUAUAUUGGUGAAUAUUCAUGAUUCCUCAGAAACAGAUGCAACCAUCAUUCAUACAGGACAAGAAACAAAUGUAAACGGAGCCAAUUCAAGAAGAUAA